UUAAUUAUUUUGUCGCGUACUAUUAAAGUCGCAUAUAUUGCGGCAGAGGGGCGGGCGACGGGCACUCUCAAACCUCCUCAAUAUUGCCGUUGCAGAAUUCAAGUCUGUUUGCGUGAAUUUCUCUCGAUUCUUCCGUAUCUCAAUCUCUCUAGGAGUUUAUUAAUUUGCGUUUUGCGGAGAGUCCAUUUCGCAUAUGCAAUCCUAUCUCUCUCUCACGGUCACUUGAUUAUUUAUAUUUUGGGGGAUUUAUUGAGUUAUUAUUGAUUUGCGAUGGUGGAACAGAAACUGUACAAAACGAAGUUAUGCGCGCUAUAUCAGAGAGGUCGCUGCAAUCGCCAGAGUUGCUCGUUUGCACAUGGUGAUGCGGAGCUUCGCAGAUAUUCAGGCUCCUAUCGUGGUAGGCACGGUUAUCAAGGUGGUGAUUUGAGAGAUAGACUUGACAGAAGGAUUUCUCCCAAGGGGAGGUAUUCUCAAGGAAGAGAUGCAAGAGGGCGACAGACAUUUCAUGGACAUAGCCCUUCCAGCUCCCUUGAAAGAAAGAGUGACAAGAGAAGCAGUAAGAAACAGCAUUUGGAUGGGCAUAGUGAUUUUUCUGGAAGUUUGAAAAACUCAGAUGGGGCUAACAAAAGUGUUAAAAAAGGAAAAAAUAUAUCAUCUGAGUACAAAGGUGUUCUUAAGGAGCAGUUAAACAAAAGGGAAACAGAGAUUCAAAUGCUUGAUCAGAAAAGAUUUCAAUUGGGGAUCUUAAUGGAAGAGAAAGUUCAAGAAGCAGAAAAUCUUACUUCGAGAAUUUUUGAGCUUGAUACCCAGUUAUCCAAAGAGAAAGAGGAAUGCAAAAGGAUUACUUCACAAAUGAAGAAGUUUGUCAAAGCACAUAAUCGUUAUUCGCAAGUUCAAGCUGAACUAAGGAGAUCCCAAUUGCGGCUCCAGAAGUUUGGAGAUCAGCUAGGUUCAGAUAUCACUAGAGAUGGUAGCAAUGAAGAAGGUUCGAACGUCAAUAUUGUAAGUGACGAGGAGCCUAAUGAUUAUCGUUUAAGAAGCCCACAGAAGGUGAUGCGACACAAUUCUUCACCGAACAGGAAAAGACUGCGCGUCAAUCAAGGCACCGCCGAAGAAUUCAGACAAGGUACUCUAGCCAAAAAUGGCAGAUAUGUUGAUGAAACUAUCAGAUCAGAGAAAUUUUUGUUGUCGAACCUACGGCCAGCUCAGUUAGAUGUUGACAAUGUAGUUGAGUUGGUAAACAAUGAAAGUGGUGGUGAUCGAGAUGGCAAGCCAAAGAGAGGAAAGAAUGUUCCUAUUGGUACGCCUUUCACAGAUAAGGUGAAGGGUCUUGGAUCAGGGAAUUUGUUACCAGCAACCAGCAUGGCUGCUCAUGUGGCUGAUGAAGUAGCUGAAUUUGAAGAUGAGAGGAUUGAGAUAGUUGAAUCUGCCUCUAUGGAAGUGGAGAAAGCAUUCAUGAAGAAUGGUGUUUUUGAAAAUAUAUCGAGAGGAAUUGAUAGAGGAGUAACACAUGGAGACCAAUGCUUACCGUUUUUACUUCCUCCUCCGCCUCCAUUCCCUCGAAAUAGUCAUUCACGGUAUAAGGCUGAAGAUGAGAAUGUAGAUGUGGAGGUUGUGGAAGAAGAGGUGGAAAUCGUUUGACAUUUUCAGAGUGAAAGCCACCACCUAUUUCGGUAAUUUGCCCUAUCCCAAAGGCACUAAUUGAGAAAUGGAUGAGCUUUCAUAUGUAUACUUUUUUGUGCGUAUGAAUAUCUAUCUGUUCUCCUCGUGAACUAAUUGAUCUAUAUAUUCUAAUGGGGAAAAAUGAACUUUGGGUUUGCUAA